CUCGCGCGCUCCUCCCCUCCAUCAUAUCCCGUCAGCUAGCUAAGCAGUAGGCAGCAGCAACACCGCCUUCUUCUUCCUCCUCCGAUCGAUAGAAUUAAAACCACCGUAUAGCUAGCUAGAGCUAGGCACCUGCCGAGGCACAGACAUCAUAUCAUAUAUCAUAUAUCAUAUAUAGACGCAUUGCAGGCAGGCACGGCGGCGCAGCCUCGCCAACGUGCACCGCCUGCCAUGAGAAAAGCCACCAUCUUUCUCAUGGCGCUCGCCCUCACGCUCAUCCCCCAUGAGCAAACGGUGGCGACGCCGCCGCAGCCUCUUCCCCUGCAGCUGAGGAGAAGUCGCUUCCUUGCUGCCAACAACGUCAACUUCUCGCCGCCGCCGCCGCCGUCGUUCUACGACUGCAGCAAGAAGCCUCCAUCCAUCUGCCUCUCGCCCGGGAGCCCCGGCGCGACGUGCUGCAGGGGCACAUGCGUCGACACCGAGUACAGCUCGCAGCACUGCGGCAACUGCAACAAGAUGUGCAAGCUCGCGCAGGCCUGCUGCCAGGGGAAUUGCGUCAACACCCUCACCGACGAGAAGAACUGCGGCGGAUGCGGCGUCAAGUGCAGAACCAAGUGCACCAACGGCUACUGCGACUACGCGGCGUGAUGCGGGCAAGAGACGACAGCGCACAUAUAUCUUAUAUAUAUAGACACGUACGAAAGCAAUUUCUGCAUCCUCCAACGACACAAGAAAUAAAAAAAGGGUAUAUAUAUGCUACGUUUAAAUUCCCAUUGUUGUUCAAAACAAAACAUUUCGAUUAUAUUAUUGUUGAGCUCCUGCUAUAUUAUAUACUAUUACAGAAUAAAAAAGCUAGCUAGCUAGGGUCAAAA